UCGCCACUCAAGGUUAGGGUAUUGGGUUACUAUGACAGCAACUCACGACCAAGAAUCUUGCCAUAUUUCUGUUUCUUAUACAACAGCACCAGUUCCUCAUUUGAGCCAUUUUCUGUCGGAACUUGAGAGUUUUCCACAUCCCUUUCUUUUGGAAAACGCAACUAGUUAUCGACCACUCAACACGAACUUUAUUUCAGAACAAGAUGCCGUUAUCAACAGAAUUGUAUGGAAUAAAAGUGAAACACCGAAACUCAUUUUGUAUCCUCGUGCUGGUCCAAGAGAAAGAAUUGUAUUUGCACCAAAGAAAGUAAAGGCAGCUAUUGUGACUUGUGGAGGUCUUUGUCCAGGUCUCAAUACGGUGAUUAGGGAACUUACAGAAUGCCUGAGCUACCAAUAUGGUGUUGCUGAUAUUUUUGGAGUUUUACAAGGAUAUCGAGGAUUCUAUAGCAAAGAGUGGAUUCCACUGACAACUGAAAAGGUAGAUAACAUUCACAAGAUGGGUGGAACAGUAUUGGGUUCGUCACGUGGUGGUUUUGACUUGAAUAGAAUAGUGGACUCCAUCGUACAAAAUGGAGUCAAUCAGGUUUAUGUGAUUGGAGGAGAUGGUACUGUUCGAGGUGCAGCAACAUUGAGUGAAGAAUGCAGAAGAAGAAAGUUGCAAGUUACAGUUGCUAGUAUUCCUAAAACAAUAGACAAUGAUAUUCCGAUCAUUGACAAGUCCUUUGGUUUUGAUACUGCUGUGCAGGAAGCUUCCAAAGCCAUCGAUGCUGCACAUACCGAAGUCUCUUGUUUUCCUAAUGGAGUGGGUAUAGUCAAGUUGAUGGGAAGAAAUAGUGGAUUUAUUGCGUUGCAUGCUUCCUUAUCCAGUAGAGAAGUGGAUUGUUGUCUUAUACCUGAAGUACCUUUUGUUAUUCAUGGAAGAGGUGGUUUGAUUGAAUAUAUUCACAAGUGUUUGAUAGAAAGAGGUAAAAUGGUAUUGGUCGUUGCAGAAGGUGCUGGUCAAGAAUAUGUUCGUAACCAUCAUGAUUGGAUAGAUCAGUUGGAUGCUUCAGGAAAUAAGAAACUGGGAGAUAUUGGACACUUUUUAUAUCAAGAGAUAGAAUCCACGUUUAAGAAACAAGGAAUAGAAGUUAGUAUGAAAUAUAUCGAUCCAACUUAUAUGAUAAGGGCAGUUGCUAGUAAUGCAUCAGAUAAUAUUUAUUGUACUUUGUUGGCUCAUUCUGCAGUUCAUGGCUCCUUUGCAGGAUAUACAGGAUUUACGGUGGGCCCUAUCCAUGGAAGACAUGCAUAUAUUCCUAUGACUGAAAUAGUAACUGCACAAAAGCAAGUAGACUUGAGAGACCGCAUGUGGUCAAGAUUGGUCAAUUCAACUGGACAACCUGACUUUUCUCCGAGAGAUAUUCCAAAAGGCUUCCAAGGGCCUUGUAUUUAUUCUCGAGAAGAAGAAUCCUUUGAAACUACUAAAACAGUGGAUAAAGGAUUUCCAGGAGAAACUCCUUAGAUAAAACAUUCUAGCAUUUCUAUAUAUCUUACUAGCAAUAUAUAUAGAGAUAUAUAU